AAGGAUCUAGCAUAUAUACGAAUGCGUGUUUGAAUCAAGGUAGAGUGGGGAAAGAAUGGAUUCUAGCCAUGGUAAAAAGAGAAUGAAUGUAGAGGACGACGAUAGACUAAGCAGCUUGCAAGAUGAGCUUAUCCAUAAAAUUCUUUCUUUUAUUGGUAUCAAACAUGCUAUUCAAACGAGUGUUUUGUCAUCGAGAUGGAGGUUUAUUUGGACUUCAAUGCCUUAUCUCAAUUUCUCAUGGGACGAUUUCUGUAAGUUACCCAAGUUCUCCGAAUUUGUCACUCGUGUUCUCUCUGGCCGCAAUAAUCAAACAGAAGUGUCUUCAGUCAAGCUUAGUAAUUUUCGCGGAAAGGAUGGCGAUGUGAUUGCCGAACAAAUCAUGAAGUAUGCAAUCUCUCACAAUAUCCAACAACUGGAUGUUGCAUGCUUGCCUCAGAACAUUGUCUUAACAACAUCUACUUGGGAGCUCCCUGUCUUAACAACAUUGUAUCUCGAUGGUGUCACUUUGUGUUGUGAUGAAAAGACUGAUAAGUGCAUUGAUUUUUUCUCCAAGUGUGCAAACUUGAAGAAUCUUACCUUAAAAAGUUGCUAUACGAAGGGAUUUAAGGGUUUAAGUAUUUGUCUUCCUCUACUAUCUAAUCUUACACUUGAAGAUGGUUGUGGUAGUGUGAAGGUUUACAAUAUUGUUGCACCUCAACUCAAGAACCUCAAUAUGAGUGGUGUCGUUACGCAAGACCAUCAGUAUCUGAUUUCUGCGCCCGACCUUGUAUCCUUGCUUUAUAAAGGGUUUUAUGAUUUGUCACUUUCUACAGACGAUUUCCCCUCUUUGGAGAAGGCGGAUAUUUGUGUAUCUUAUCCAAGAGAUGCUCAUCAAGCUCUACGUCUGCUUCAACAACUUCACAAUGUCAAGUCUCUUACACUUAACUUGGAAAUUGUUGAGCUUCUAAAUAAAUCUGUGGAUUUAAUGUCGUAUCAACCUUCUCCGUUUGUUAACUUAAAGAGUUUAAAGAUUCAUCCUGUAAGAGAACUUUCAAAGGUUCGAGAACACAAUAGAGGAAAGAUGUCUGCGGAAGUCAAAAGCUAUUUGCUAGAUAGUUCUACAGGUGGCACCUUAAUAAUGGUGUCGCGUGAGGAUAUUAGAGCUAUUAAAGACACCAAGUUUGCACAAGAAUUUGUUUCAGAGUUAUGGGAGCUGUUAGAGGUGGAGAAAGCUAUAAGAGAGGCCAAAAUGACGAUGCAUGAGCAAGGGAGGCCACAUUUUAGUGAACAUAUCUAUAAGUGUAACAAUAUGUGUUGGGAAUAUACGAGUGUGCAGGUUAAAGAAGGGAAAGAAAAGACUUCUGACAUUAUCUCAAUGUUGCAAAAUAUUAAAGGAUUACUGGCAAAGCUGCCUACAUCAAACCAGGCUACCAUUCAACCAUCUUUUUCUACUUUGUGUGCUGAGGCCGCCAUCGUGACGCAUAAAAUAACAGAAUGCAUAAAGAUGGACUGUGAUGAGAAUCAAAGACGUUUAAAUGUGUGCUUGCAUGAACUUGCUACCACGUUGCAGCCGUCUUCUUAG